AAUACUAAAUCUCAGCUGAUACACCAAUUUAACAUUAUUGUAAACAAUUGGAUUGUCGAUGCCAACAAGAAAUCAAGACUACAAAAUAAUUUUAGCAGCUGGGACUUGACGGAAAGUAAAAAAUUCUGGAAAGAAUGGGAAAUAUCAACAGUUGUCUCUUCGUUAUCCAACGCCACCAACGAGUUAAUAAUCAACCAUCUCCCAAUCUACCUCAGUGCCCCAUGUUGUGAUAGUUAUGUUGUGAGUGAUUUUAACGUAAAUUUGGGAUUCUACAACUUUCAGCUUGCUGCAAAAGAAGCGAUUGUUAAUAAGAGACUCUUAACUUUUGAGAGCAACAUUGCCCAUAUACUAGCGGUUUCAGCGAAUCUGCUGUUGUAUCAACAAACAAAUGAUUCUGAGUUGGACAGGCAUUUAAAUAGGUUAUCUACAGUGAUAAUCGAAGAUAUGAAGUCACAAUUAGGUUGGAAAGCGGCCAAGUUUCCUCGUGAACUCGUUGUAAUUCUUCUUGAUAUUUAUCAUGCUCUGACGUCUGAUAAAUGCACAAAAGAAAUUGCUGUAACUAAGAUUUCCAAUCUAUCGUUGAACUAUGAUCCUGUAUUGAGACAGUAUCUUGGCGUUAUCGUGCGCUUGUUGCAAACAUUGCCACAGGUCUCAAAUAUGCUUGAAGUCCUUGAACGCCGUCUUUGCUCACGGUAUCUUCAGCCUAUUCUACAGAGCCUAUUCGAUCAAAGGGUUUCGAAUGGUGAAAUCCUUUUUGAUUUCACUGACGAGCUUCUUGAGAAAGACGCUGAUACUGCCAGUUCAAGCAAUCGUCGGACGGAUGGAACUAUCACUUGGGUUGCUGGUAACAGUCAAAAGUAUCUAGGAUAUAUAAAAAUCAAGCCCUUGAGUGCAGCAAGUAGCCACUACCUUGUGAAUGCCGAUCUUAUACGUCUUGGCUGCAAAAACUUGUUGGUCAUACAAGCGGUGGGAAUGAUGCUGACAUUCUAUAUGGUGCGGCGAACAACAGAAGAAUUUUAUACGAUGGUCGAGCUUGACCGUAUCCGCUUCUCAUUAUUAAUUGAAGAAAUGACUAUGAACUUUGGCGCGAUGGACAAAAUCAUGGACAUCAUUUCAGUAUUUAAAACGUGUUGUAUCGACAACCAACCCUGUUUAACCGAAAUCCACAGGAAAACUCUUAGCCCCCCCCAAUAUUGCGAGUAAUAACGACUGAUAACGUAAAUCGAAAACGAAAAAACCCUUAUCAGCAGAGCUAUUAUUAAGACUAUCAC